ACUCCACUAUAUACCAAUCUCCCUCCCUCCUUCUCUCCCUCCUUCUCUUCCUCCCUCUCUCUCCCUCCCUCCUCCUCUCCCUGACAGAACGUACACUAGAGGACCACGAGAAAGUUCUAGGAAGCCUGUCCCACUGGCCCCGAGGCAGCACCAACAGCAUCGUCUUCAAGAACAAUCCGGAGAAGUACUACCUUCUGAAGAGACCCCAGAUGCUGAUGCCCAGUUCUCACGUGUAUUCCAGCGUCAAUGUGACUCGCACAGCCUUCACUGAGGAGCAGAAGAAGAACAUCAUUCUAAAGGAGCUGUUCAACAACAAGAUCCUGCCAAAGCUGGAGGGAGAUCUCCACAUCAGAGACGGCAAGAAGAGCAGUUGGAAGAAACACCUCUUUGUGUUGAGGGCCUCUGGCCUCUACUAUUCCCGCAGUGGCAAAUCCCUGGCCAGUAAGGACAUAGUACGGGUGGUGGAGUGGAAGGACGUCGAGUGUUUCUCUGGAAAGCAACUACAAGAAGUUCUUCAGAGCUCCCGGACCACACUGCUUCUCUCUAGUGCCGACGGGUUCGCUGGCCCGGAACGAGAAGAGGAUCACACAUCUCUGUGUCUCAAACAAACAGGACCUCAUGGCAUGGAUCACCGGUAUACGACUUGCCAAGCAUGGUAUUCAGCUGAAGCAGAACUACGAGGACACCAAGUCAGAGAUGCCAUGGCUGCAACUGGAGGACGAUAAUCUCGACCUAGUGGCCAAACCGGACGUAAAGACUCAUGUGGAGGGGACCUCUUCUCUCUCACCUUCUCCUCAGCACAACGGAGUGGAUUCCACUAGGAGGAUCAUAUCAUCUCACAGCGCUACUCACCUCCCGAGGCCAGACAGUACCGUCAGUAGAGGUUCCCGGGACUCUCUCUCUCCAGCGGUCAGUUCCAGUCACAUUAUCUCGGGUCCGGUAUCGGCCAGUGGAUGUUCCACUGUACUGCGCAGAGCCAGGGCACAACACAACGCUCUCGCCAAUGCCUUCGAGGGUGCCUGGAAACAGGGGAACCUGACUGUAGAGAUGAACAGAGACUCACAGGUGUGGCCAUCAUUCUCAGCCCCCUCCAAGAACUCCCCUGAUUGUCGUCAAUCACCAGGGGCCACCCCAAACUCUGCGAACCCAUCGACGCUUCCCUACGAGGAGGAAAUGUCGGGGAUGGUCACGCUGAAGAGGAAGAAGAACGGGGGAGGGGGGGCGGAGGGUGAUCUGUCUCGCUCGUCCUCUGUUUCCUCCCACUCGCAGAGGUCGUCUUCAAGUAGUGGCGGAGGUCACAGGAUAAGAAGUCAGUCCACUGAUCCGGGACUGAGUAACAGAACUUCUCGUGGCACUUCCCACAACCAUAACUGAAUAUACCCAACACCUCUCAACCCCACACUCGGCUAAUAAUUUAUUGUUUCACUACAUUACUGAUACAUUACUGAUGUUCAGAAAACUAAUGUUACUCAAUGGCUUGUAAUCUGGUGUGGUAUAAUGUGUGUGAUGCUGUGUGUAUAUAUGUAACUUACUGUUGAACAGUAGAAUGUGUUGAUAUAUUAUUAUUAUAGUUUGAUGAAAAAUUUUUGUUUUAGUCAUGCAGA